AUGAAUGUUAGUGCUAGUUGUGUGGAAGAAUGGCUUCACCAAAAUACUGUUUAUAACUUUAUACAUAUAAGAAAAGCUCUUGGAUUGGCCAUGUUCACUUUUCCAAAUAUCAAGUUCACAAGAGCUAAAUACUAUAAAUCUUCAGGACGUAAUGAGUUUGUUCCGUAUCUUCGUAGAAGGCCAGAACCACCCAUUAGACUCGAACCACCCACCUUGCUCGAACCACCCACCAGGCUCGAACCACCCACCAGACUCGAACCACCCACCUGGCUCGAACCACCCACCAGGCUCGAACCACCCAUUAGACUCGAACCACCCACUAGGCUCGAACCACCCACCAGGUCAGAAUUACAAUCAUUAAUUGAAAAGGUCACAAAAUUGGAAUCUUUAAUUGAAAAAUUAGGAGAUCGUGUAAAAACAUUAGAAACAAGGACUUAA